AGAUGUUAUACUUCUUAUUUUAAUGAGAACUCCUGCUUCUCUUUUUUUAUGUUUAAAAAUAUACUUUUAAUGAUAAUAAUACGUUAUUGAAAAUGAAAAGAAUAAAUAAUAAGUUAUUAAAAGUCGAAAAAAAACAUAAAAAACUAGAUAUUAUACAAUGGAAAAUCUCGGAUUGUGGUAUGAUUUUAAAUCCUAUAUUUUCAGAAGAAUAUUCAACAUUAUUAUCGAAAGCUCUUGAACAUCUUAUAAAAGCUAAUCCUCGAUUUCAGAUUUUAUCAGAAUGUUUUUCAUGUUUACCAUUUUCACCAGAAGGCCUUAUGGAAAAUAUAAAUCCGUUUCAAUCUCUUUGUAUUAUUAUUUUAAGUCAACAAUUGAGUAAACAUUCAUCAGCAUCUAUUUAUCGAAGGUUUCUAAGAUUAUUUUUUUCAAAUUAUUUAGAUACAUCUCAAGAUGAUAAAUUAUCUUUAUCUCAAUUAUCUAUUUCUAAAGUUUUCCCAACACCUCAAGAAGUAUAUGAUAUAUCAUCUGAAGAUUUACGUUUAAUUGGAUGUUCUUCAAGAAAAAUAGAAUAUUUAAAAUUAUUGGCAGAUAGCUUUCUUUCUGGAAAAAUUUCUCCUAGUUUUUUUAUAAAUUCUUCAGAUGAAGAUAUAAUUGAACGUUUAAUUGCUAUUAAAGGCAUUGGUUUAUGGUCAGCUGAAAUGUUUCUUUUAUUUUCUUUAAAAAGAACGGAUAUUUUAAGUACUGGUGAUUUAGGAAUUCAAAGAGGUAUGGCUUUAAUGAAGGGGAAAAAUAUAUCCAAGCCAAAUAAAGGUAAAUGGAAAUAUAUGAGCCAUGAAGAAAUGAUACAAAUGGCUGAGCCUUGGAGACCAUAUCGAUCAAUUGCAUCUUGGUUUAUCUGGCGUAUAACAAAUACAACUUUUACACAAGAAAAUCAUGUUUCUUCUCUCAAAAAAUACUGAUUUUUCUUAAAAGGCAUUUUUUAUGUGCUGAUAUAUAUAUCAAGUAUCAAAAAAAAUCUAUUAAAGAAAAAAAAAAACA